UAAUUUAUGUGGGGGAGGAAAAGUUGGAAAGUAACCGAAUAAGAAUAUGGGCAAAACGACUGAGCAGAGGAUGGCCACGUAAAUCCAUGCACCAUCACUGGUAAGGAAACAGAUCACCCAGCACCCACCACUGCAGAAACGGCGCCGUUCUCGGAUUGCCCGUCGAACUCAAUCUUCUAUAGUGACGUGUUAAGCCUAAAUUGGGAAAGAAAAAGAAAAUGGCCAAUCGAAUUGGCCUCAAUUUCCCCCGGCGGGUACCGGUUCUGACGGGCGGUCCCUCCGCCGUAUGGUCCGCGAAUAGGGCGGCGGAAAGCCUCAAGCGGUGGAGCUCCGGAGGAAAACCGCGGCGGCGUUUGAUAUUAGGCCUCGGAAUUUCCUUCUGGGUACAGUUCCUAAAUAUGUCCGGUUCACUCGGCCCCGCCAAAUCCUUCAUUGCCUCUGCCAGGCAGAGAAAUGCUGUCGAAGAGAUUUUGAAGAACGUGGAGUGGCCAGAGCAAUUUCCCUUCAGGGACGAGGACUUCCAGCGCUUUGACGAGACACCGGAUUCGUUCUUCUAUGAAUCCCCACGCUUUGUCACCCACAUUGAUGAUCCAGCCAUUGCUGCACUCACCAAAUUCUACUCGGAGGUAUUUCCCCCAAGCAAUACACCUGGAGUUAGCAUUUUGGAUAUGUGCAGCAGUUGGGUCAGUCAUUUUCCAGCAGGAUACAAGCAAGAAAGAGUAGUUGGGAUGGGAAUGAACGAGGAAGAGCUCAAGCGCAAUCCGGUUCUGACAGAGUACAUAGUGCAAGACUUGAAUCUGAAUCCUAAACUCCCGCUUGACGAUAAUUCCUUUGAUGUGAUCACGAACGUCGUCAGUGUCGAUUAUCUCACCAAACCUCUAUGCGUCUUCAAGGAAAUGAGCCGAGUUCUUAAACCUGGUGGACUUGCCAUAAUGAGCUUUUCGAACCGUUGCUUUUUCACAAAAGCGAUAUCUAUAUGGACAUCGACUGGAGAUGCAGACCACAUUAUGAUUGUUGGGUCGUAUUUCCGCUACGCCGGUGGAUUUGAACCUCCUGAGGCUGUGGAUAUAUCUCCUAACCCCGGACGUUCUGAUCCCAUGUACAUUGUAUACUCGAGAAAGUUAUCGACAGCUUGAACGUACAACGAGGAAGAUGAUCUGACAACUGAACUGAAUGCAAUUUGUUCCUGCAGCCAGUUAAAUGUGCUAGUUUUCGAGAACCGAUUCCAGAAUCUGCAGUUUGAACUGCAUAUUUACAUGUAACCAAGCUUCAAACAAGAAUCUUUAGAUAUUUGAGAUGCUAUGAUCACUGGACUUUUAUUCUUA